AUGAGCCGCCCCGCGCCGCCGCCGCCGCGCCGCGCCGCCGCGCUCCUCCUGCCGGCCGCCCGCUGCCGCAGCGCCCCGGCCAAGCGGCUCCCGCCGCUGCCCGACGGCCCCGCCGAGGAGGCGCCGGCCGCCAAGUGCCCGCGCCUCGCCGACUGCCCCGGCGGCGCCGCCGACUGCCUCAGCGCGCCGGGCUCGCCCUGCGCGCCGGCCGGCGGCGGCGGGGGCAGCGGCGCGGCGGGGCCGAGCCUCAUCGCCUCCUACCUGCUGCUGCCGCUGGCCGAGCGCGAGCAGGUGUCGCGGGCGCUGAGCGUCAGCUCCGGCCGCGAGCUCCGCUGCAAGGUGUUCCCUCUCAAACACUACCAGGACAAGAUCCGGCCUUACAUUCAGCUGCCGUCACACAGGAACAUCACCGGGGUCGUAGAAGUGAUCCUCGGGGACACCAAGGCCUACGUCUUCUUCGAGAAGGACUUUGGGGACAUGCACUCCUACGUGAGGAGCUGCAAAAGGCUGCGGGAGGAGGAGGCUGCCCGGCUUUUCAAGCAGAUCGUCUCGGCUGUAGCUCACUGCCACCAGUCGGCCAUCGUGCUCGGUGACCUCAAGCUCAGGAAAUUUGUCUUUUCUAAUGAAGAACGGACGCAGCUGCGGCUCGAGAGCCUGGAAGACACGCACAUCAUCAAAGGCGAAGACGACGCGCUGUCCGACAAACACGGCUGCCCCGCGUACGUCAGCCCCGAGAUCCUCAACACGACGGGGACUUACUCCGGGAAAUCGGCUGACGUGUGGAGUUUGGGAGUAAUGCUCUACACCCUCCUGGUGGGACGCUACCCCUUCCACGACUCGGACCCCAGUACUCUCUUUUCCAAAAUCCGACGUGGACAGUUCUGUAUCCCCGACCAUGUCUCUCCCAAAGCCAGAUGCCUCAUCCGCAGCCUCCUGAGGCGGGAGCCCUCCGAAAGACUUACCGCUCCAGAGAUCUUGCUUCAUCCUUGGUUUGAAGCAGUCUUGGAGCCUGGAUAUACAGACCAGGAAACGAGAACUUCAGAUCAAAUCGUGCCAGAAUAUCACGGAGACAGUGACGAUAUUAGUUCCUUCUUCUGCUAAUCCUAAAAAUCUCAAAAAAACCCUCACGAUUCUCACACACAGCAUCUUUUUUUCCCCCCUUUCUUUUCCAUGUUGCAAACUCACAGUAUCUUAAAGUGCCAGUAUGGUCAGAAAAGUGACCUUUAAAAUAAUUGUCAUCAAGCUGUAGAUCCGCUCCCUGAGCCUGUGUCGGGUCUCACCUGCUUGCUUUGCUGGUAGGUCCUUGCCGCUGGCCCUGGAGGACCCACGCAGGAGCCGCCUGGCUCUUCUCCUGCCUCUCGUGUCCUCCACCGCUGCGACGGGCUCAGUGUGUGUUGCAGAGCCGUAUCGCUGUGCACAGAAGAGGCGGAAAGGUGGCUCUUUGGGUUUCCCCAUCUUCAGCGGCUAAGGGGGUCCCACCGGUGAAACAUAGCAGGUGGAGGGGGCAAGAGGCGCCUUCCUACCUGGGCAAAUUUGACAGGAAUUGGUAAAAAGGGGAAUCGACUUGGAGUGCCACCGCGGCAGUCCUACAGAGGGUUUUUCUGACUGUAAGUGCACUUUCCCGCGGGAAGGAGGUCUUAAUCCACCACGUCCAGCCCGCUGAGCGUUGCUCCAGUAGAACUUUUUUUCUGUAGGUGAAUAACAUGAAGCUGGUAAAGGUCCAUCCGCAAGACUAGUCACUACCGUGAUCACUGCUGUGACUCUUCACAAAAGAGAAAAUAGCUGAUCCCACAGCUGGAUCCCCUCUGAUUGCGUUUGCUGAACACGCAAGCGUUUUAAAUAUGCUUAAGCCUAAGGUCACCAUGGCAUAUUUUAUAUCAUCUUAUGCCUUCAGUGAGCUUUGCAAGUAGCAGGUCUUGUCAGCUCUGAGUGCCAAAACAUAUCCGUUUACCAAAGCGUAACACUAUGGGCUGGGCUGCCUUCCCUUGGAAAAUGAUAAGGGGUAUACUUGUACAGUAUACGUGACUGCUUUUGUGUUUUCCUACAGGCUCCAGUCUUUAAAACAUCACAUCUCCUCCUCCCCCCCCCCCCCCCCGCCACCUCCAGAAAGGUAGUCUUAAGCAUAAAAUCUCUAUACAUCCAUAGUUAAUUAUUCAGGUACGUUGUUUGCCUCCAGCUACGUUAUUCCCCCCCCCCCUUCAAAAAAAAAUUUUUUUUUGCAUGAUUAUUCAUAGUCUUUCCAAUGUGCGUGGAUAACGAACAGAUCUAAAUCAUUAGCUGCCUGGGUCAGGGGUAAGUCGAGACCUGCCUGAAAUUUCUGCUUUGUUUGACGUUUGCGUCCGGCGUAGAGGGAUGUCCGUUCACGCGUGCGGUUUCGGAAAUGGAUGUUGGGUGGUUGGUGCAUAUCCCCAGCGCGGCCCGGCGAUGACCAAGCUGUCCGAAGGGUUCCCCGUGGCCGCAGCACCCACCUUGGGGGAGCACCACGUAUACCUCAUGGACUGUGUGCUCUGUACAUACCUUCCUGCUGGGGGUCGUUGGGUGGGUCUUUUUAUUUUUAUUUUUUUCCGGCUUGUUGUACUUUGCUUGUCCUAUUAAGAGGUGUUGAAGAGCAAUUUAAUGUGAAUUAUCGGCAAUACUAACUUGACAGAAUCAUGAGCAUCAAGAGCAGAGCGCUACCGCUCUCCGUUGCACUAAAUCUCUCAUGAUUGCUUGACAUUUGUAUCUGUGAUACAGUUUAACCCCUCUCUGAAAAGCAGUACCUUUGUAUAUAUUGGUGGAAAACUCUGCCAGAAAAGCUAAAAACACUAUGUCCAACUUGUAAAUAUGUGUGUGUAUAUAUAUAUAUAUAAUGUGGAAACCUGGAUGAUAAAGUCUGACUUGUAGAAAGUUUUAAUAAACUCGGUUUCAUAA